CUUUGUGUGACAACCUUUCCUUUCCAGAAGGUUCUUAUCCGGCGCCAUUUUGUCGCGAGGAAUAUUUCCUGGCGGCGGUUGGCCGAAAGAGGUCAGGUAGCGGAGAAAGAGAAAGACCCCGACCUUAGUUGUGAAGGGGUGGCGACUUCGAAAGGAGCAAUGCGGUAUUCCAAACGAACUAACUAUCCUGACUGGGAUGAAAAACAAGGUUUGGAUCACAAAGCAGGCAGCAGCCACCAGAAGAGAAGGCGACAAUCCCACAGCAGUGCCCAUGAGAGCAAGCGCUGUAAACAUAAUCACACUGAAGAGUAUGACAGCCUUUAUUCAGAUGCCUGUUCCUUCCAUGAAAAAGAUCCUCAUGAACGGUGCUAUGUUGAAGAAUACAGAAACAACUAUAGUCAACUUUCUGACACCCGACACCAUUGCAGAGACCCUGAAAAUGGUUAUCACAACCACAGUAGCAAGUCAUCUGGUCAUAGUGGCAGAAGCAGCUACAAAAGGAAGCACAAGACUCAUCAUAAAUCACAUCAUCAUUCACACACGAGGAAUCACCGAAGGAAAAGAUCGAGGAGUGUAGAGGAUGAUGAGGAGGGUCACCUGAUCUGUCAGAGUGGAGACGUACUAAGUGCAAGAUAUGAAAUUGUCACUACUUUGGGUGAAGGUGCUUUUGGAAAAGUGGUGGAGUGCAUUGAUCAUAAAGCGGGAGAUAGACGUGUAGCAGUAAAAAUAGUUAAAAAUGUUGAUAGAUACACAGAAGCAGCUCGUUCUGAAAUACAAGUGUUGGAGCACUUAAAUGCAUCGGAUCCUAACAACAUAUUUCGCUGCGUCCAAAUGUUGGAAUGGUUUGAACAUCAUGGCCAUAUUUGCAUUGUGUUUGAACUUCUGGGACUUAGUACAUACGACUUCAUUAAAGAGAAUAGUUUUCUGCCAUUCAGUCUUGACCACAUUAGAAGAAUGGCAUACCAGAUUUGCAGAUCUGUAAACUUUCUGCAUUCAAACAAACUGACUCAUACCGAUCUGAAGCCUGAAAACAUAUUAUUUGUGAAGUCAGACUACACAGAACAGUAUAACCCCAAACUGAAACGUGAUGAACGAACACUAAAAAGUCCAGAUAUCAAAGUUGUAGAUUUUGGAAGCGCAACAUACGAUUAUGAACAUCAUAGUACUCUUGUGUCUACAAGGCAUUACAGAGCUCCUGAAGUUAUUUUGGCUUUGGGAUGGUCACAGCCAUGUGAUGUAUGGAGUAUUGGCUGCAUUCUCAUUGAAUAUUACCUUGGAUUCACUGUAUUUCCGACACAUGACAGUAAAGAGCAUCUGGCAAUGAUGGAGAAGAUAUUGGGGCCACUACCAAUUCACAUGGUCCAGAAAACAAGAAAGCGCAAGUAUUUCCACCAUGACAGAUUGGAUUGGGAUGAGCAAAGUUCUGCUGGCAGAUAUGUUUCAAGGCGUUGUAAGCCACUGAAGGAAUUCAUGCAGUGCCAUGAUCUUGAUCACGAAGAUCUAUUUGAUCUCAUACAACGAAUGUUGGAGUAUGAUCCUGCCAAAAGAAUUACUCUUGUAGAAGCAUUGGAACAUCCAUUCUUUUCUUCAUUAAAGGAGAAGAUGUAAAUAACUGCAUAUCUGUAGAUGAUUAAAGACUGUGUCAGUCAGGAAAAAGCAAAUAAGAUUUUUAAUCUUCUUGUAUAUUAGCUCUGUAAAUGUUUUGUAUUGUUCAAUCCAUUGACCUAGCUCUUGCAUUAAAAUAUUUGACAGUGA